AUGCAUUGGCUAUCAUCGGGAACUGCCAAGAAUAGGGCCAAAUUUCUGGCCUUUUCACAUUACGCUCGACCUAUCUUCCACAAAAUGAAGUUUCUCUCUGUCAGCCCUUGGAUUGUUUCGUGCCUCGCGGCAGUAGCACUAGGAGGUGGUCUGAAAGUUCCAGGCGAAUCGCCCAUCGAAUUUUGCAACUACGAUCGCGACGACGACCUCCUAGAUGUUCAGAAAAUUGACAUUGCUCCAAACCCGCCCAAGCCUGGCAAACCUCUUAACGUCACGUUCGCGGGAGAAGCCCGCAAAACAAUUACAAAGGGCUCAUACAUCAAGGUUACCGUCAAGUACGGCCUGAUCCAACUUAUUUCCACUACGGCGGACCUCUGUGAGCAGAUGGGCAACGUCGACUUGAGCUGCCCGUUGGAGGCUGGUAAAAUAAACGUAGUAAAAUCGGUAGAUUUGCCGGCGGCCAUUCCCCCGGGAACCUACAAUGUUUUCGCGGAUAUAUACAGCGACGAUGACGAGCAGAUUUCUUGCAUGAAGGCGUCUGUCAACUUUCCCCGUCCCAGUUUAGCUUUGGAAGAGGAAUUAUAA